AAACUGUAAUUGUCUGUUGUAUUAGUAUAGGUGUAAGCAGAGUACUGUUACUAAUGUUACUUUAGUGGCAUGGGUGUGACAGAAACUGUGACAGUUUCUCAUGCUACUCUGUAAAUAGUUGUCUGUCUUCCUGUAUCAUCAUCUGACAGUAGAUGCCACCCCCCCUCAUCUGCUUGUUUUGUGCUGGUGAUGGAAAGUAGCCUCUAAACUCCACAAGGCCACAAGACAGAUGGAAAAUGAUCAAGGGCAGAUUUCCAAGCAUUUCUGGAGUUGUUCUGUUCAUUCAGAAACCUUUCCCAAGAAGCGAAGGUUUGAAACAGAUGUCAAGUAACCCAUGUGCCAGGUAACAUUCCAUGCAUCCCUUGCCUAUCCACUGGCAUUGGUCUUGCAGAGUGAUCCUGGGCAAGAAAAGAGACCCACCAUCAUGACUGUGGCUGUGGCAAGGAAAGGGUUAAGUGCCUCCCCUCCUGAUGGAGGCUGGGGUUGGAUGAUUGUGAUUGGCUGCUUCCUGGUUACUAUCUGCACUAGAGCUGUAACAAGAUGCAUCUCAAUUUUUUUUGUGGAGUUCCAGACUUAUUUUGCUCAAGAUUAUGCCCGAACAGCUUGGAUCCAUUCCAUAGCAGACUGUGCUACAAUGCUUUGUGCACCACUUGGGAGUUUUAUCAGUAAUCAUGUCUCCUGUCAAGUGGGCAUCAUACUAGGAGGAUUGCUUGCAUCUGCUGGACUGAUCCUGAGUUCCUUUGCCACAAGCCUGGAGCAUCUUUAUAUUUCUUUAGGAGUUCUUACAGGUUUGGGAUUUGCUCUUUGUUAUUCCCCAGCCAUCGCAAUGGUGGGCAAAUAUUUCAGUAAGAGGAAAGCCCUUGCGUAUGGGAUUGCCAUGUCGGGCAGUGGAAUUGGUACAUUCAUCCUGGCUCCCGUGGUCCAGCUUUUAAUCGAACAGUUUUCCUGGCGUGGAGCCUUACUUAUCCUGGGAGGUUUUGUUUUAAAUCUCUGUGUCUGUGGUGCCUUGAUGAGACCGAUUGCAAUAAAAGAGGACCACAAGAACAUCCCCGAAUUCCCGGAGCAGGAGUUUGGGCCCGAAUCACAAAAGCAAGACUUAAAGCAGUGGUCCGUCUGCUCACCUCUGAUCAAAGUAUGGUCUUAUAAAUGUCUCUGUCAGUGCUCAUGGCAGGAAUACAACUUCUUACUGAUGCCAGACUUUGUGGUGCUUGCCGUGUCUGUCUUAUUUAUGGCUUAUGGCUGCAGCCCCCUCUUUGUUUACCUGGUGCCUUAUGCGUUAAGGGUCGGAGUGAGUCAUCAGCAGGCAGCUUUCUUGAUGUCCAUUCUUGGGGUCGUUGAUAUCAUUGGCAACAUCACCUUCGGAUGGCUCACAGACAGAAGGUGCUUGAAGAAGUACCGUUGCAUCUGCUACCUCCUUGCUGUGGGAAUGGAUGGGCUGUGCUGUCUUUUCCUUCCAGUUCUCCAAAGCUUUCCACUCCUUGUGCCGUUCUCAUUCACCUUUGGAUAUUUUGAUGGAGCCUACGUAACACUCAUUCCGGUGGUGACAGCAGAUGUCGUGGGAACUGCCUCUUUGUCAUCAGCACUUGGGGUGGUCUACUUUCUCCAUGCGAUACCAUACCUAGUUAGCCCACCUGUUGCAGGCUGGCUUGUGGAUACAACUGGCAACUACACUGCAUCGUUUGCCCUGUGUGGAUUUUCCAUGAUAUUCAGUUCUAUGUUGCUCUGCUGCGCAAGGCUGGCAAAGAAGGUCAAACGGACACACUCGAGGCCAGCUGGCAGAGAAACUGAUGCUAAGCAACAGAUCUGGACAAAUGGAGCUAUUGCUUAUUCUGUGACUGGAGAAUUAGAUCAGAGAGGUGUAGAGUUGUUGGCUAGGGAAGUGAAGAGCAACAGAAAGAGAUGACACUGUGUUUAAGAGGCCUUUGUGUACAAAUAAUAUUUUGCUAGGAUUAAUUUUGAUAACUAGUUGAAUUUUUUUGUUCUCCCCAGCGGAAAGAAGGUGACGGGGUGGUCGUGUCUCUAAACAGGUUAGACAGCCUAGUAGUAAUAAGCUUAGGCGGGGAGGGAAAGGAGAUCUCUUCUUCUAUACUGUGGAGAAGACCCUUUCUAAUUCAGUAAAUCUACUCCAGUGGGGGAGAGAAUGAAUGUAAUUAUCAUCAGAAAUAACUUGUGUGGACAAAGAAGAAAUACUGGACAAUCAAACAGAAGAUGAACUUGGAAGAAUGGAAAUAUUGUCAAUCGUCACAAAUGUUGCUCUUGUUUAAGAUAGUAGUUUAAAAAUUAAAUUUUGUAUUUUUAGGGUC